CGGAAAGAGAGUCGUCUUCGGUGGGUGUUCAAACGAAAGUGCUAUUUUUGAACAAAAAGACUUUAUAUAUAAAAGCUUCAAUUUGCAAACUUAAUGUUGCAAACGCAGCUGACUUGUACUGCAUUGGCGAAAGAGUUCACAUGAGUCAAAGUGAUUUUAACUAAUGGAGAUCACACCGAAAGUAGCCAAACUAUCAUGUGGGUCUCCAUCACCUUGUUCAGUCGAGUCAAGCCCCUCUGAGUUUAAAGAAGAGCUUCAUUCUGGGCUGAGUGCCUCCCUAAGGGAAAGGCUGAAGAGAACACGGCGUUCCUUCAUCUCCCCCCUUUCUGUGGCCAAGCGCCUUUGUGUUGACAGUGAGGAGGAGGAAGAUGCCCCACCUGCUCCAGCAGGCUCCCAGGAGACUAUUACUGUCCACACUAUGGAUGCAAACAGGACUGAAGUGAAGCUGGGCAGUGAGAGGUUGCCCUCACUUGCUCCCCAACCAUCACACAUGUCCUCAGGAGAUUUAGCUCUACAGCUGAGGAAGGAAGUAAAGGAGAAAACAGAGACACUGCGUCGACUCAAGAUGGUGAAAAUGUACAGAAGCAAGAAUGAUUUGACGCAGCUCCAAACGUUGAUUGACAAGUGGCGCAGUUGUGCUCAGGCUGCUCUGUAUGAGCUCCAGUCAGAGUUCCCUAUAGACGGAAGGAAGGCCGACCUGUCCGAGCUCAUUGACCUCUUUGGUCUGGAUGAUAGCAUUCUGUGCUUUGACCGUCCAGAGGGAGACUUCAUUACAUAAUGCCAGAAGAAGUAUCUU